AUGCGAAAGUUUUCUGAACAGUACGCGCGCGGGAGUGGGACGUACUUUUGCAUGGAUAAGAGCGUGACGGCGGUCGUGAUUCAAGGUUUGGCGGAACACAAGGACACGCUCGGGUCGCCGCUGUGCCCGUGCAGGCACUACGACGAUAAGGAGGCGGAAGUCGCGCAGGGAUUCUGGAACUGUCCGUGCGUGCCGAUGCGCGAGCGGAAGGAGUGUCACUGCAUGCUCUUCUUGACGGAGGAUAACGACUUCGCGGGCGACGAGCAGACGAUCACGAUGGACGAACUGGUGGAAUUGACCGAGGACAUGUAG